AUGCCUUUCCUCAGCCCCGAAGGCGCAAAGCCAACCGUUGAUAUGUUGCGCGAAAAAUUGUCUUCGGCCACUCCUCAGCCACAACCCUAUCACUCUUCUGAUAGCCUUGACGCGACGUUUCAAAGACUCUACGAGUCCCUUCAGUUUGCUCGCCGGAUCAGAGUUUGGAGUCAAAGCCCUCUCAGACAAGGCUCAGCAGUAGCUGGUUUCAUCGAUGCAAGGUUACAGAUCUUGGAGAACAACCUCGAUGCCCUACGACAUGAACUACACGAAAUGGGCUCCAGCAUCGCAACUAGCGUUCCGGACCGUAUUGGCGGAAUCUCGGCCAGUGUAAAAAGAGGUGUAGCCGAUCUUGGGGAACUCCUCGACUUCUACGACAGAAAUAGAGAACAGGAGCGUCAUGAUGCCCUUGACGCUCUGUUUGCCUCACAGUCUAUUCUGCACAUUGAUGGAAGAAGGAGCUGCCCACGAUCCCUACCGAAUCAGCAAGGACUUGUGAAGGUGGCCAUAAGUAUUGCCGAGACCCUGGGGAACACAUCUUUGAAUGGGGAACCUCUGGUUCCCCAAAUGGAGGCAGUGCGAUCGGUCGUGGAGCGUCAGUAUGUCACCACUUACGUACCUUACAAGCCGAAGGGAAUCGAGGACACGGCCCAAGGGAGUUAUGGAGUAGUCAUCGGAGUAGAGCACAGUGAAACCUCUGAGGAACUUGCGAUGAAGACUUUCAAGUGUAAUGAACGGAGCAAGAUUCUUCAGGAGAUUGGUGUUCUCGAAGUUUGCAAUCACCCCAACAUCGUCAAACUGGUCGAAGCCUUCACUGUUGCCAACAACGGCGUCGUUCGUCUUAUAUUGAGACCCUGGGCCCCCUACACUCUUGAAAACUUUCUGAAUUCAGAAGAUGACAAACGCAAAGACCGAUGCAGAUGGUUCAGCCCAGGCUCAUCACAGUCAGACUUGUGCAUUUAUCGAAUCAUGAAGAAGCUAGCACAAGCCGUGGCUCAUAUGAACGGAAUGUCGAUCAAACACAAGGACAUCAAGCCCGACAACAUCUUGCUCCACAAACCCAAUUCCCCAGAUACCCACCCUCUUCUGACCGAUGUUGGUGUGAGUAAGGUAUACAUCCGUGGGGGAUCAACUAAAUUUAGCGACAGUUCAUAUAGCUUCCUCGCUCCAGAGCAAGUUAAGCAUUUGCAGAGCAAUCUCCAUGCGGACAUAUGGCAACUUGGAUGCUGCUUUGCUCUGAUGCUCGGCGUGGCGAAGAGAGGUAAAGCUGGAACAGAGGAAUUGGGGGAUAGCUAUUGCAGUACAAAGCAUGGGCGUUCAUGCCAGAUUGCUUCAGAACACGAGCACUUCAUGACGAGUCUCAACGCCUUGUGUGACGAGAGCCGCUUUGCAGGCGAGGCUUUGAGCAACCGCUUGGCAUAUAAGCUUGUAUCACGCAUGUUGGACACGAACCAUGAAACAAGGCUGAAGAUCCAUCAGGUCUUGUCACGCCUUGACCGACUUGUUGCUCAGAUGAACACAUAUGCAAUGGGAGAUCUAGGAAUGAGCUUGUGA